CUUGAUCGAAAAGCGUAGAGAACGAACGUAGGACGCCAUUUCUCACCGUUUUAAAAAUAAUUAAAUCCACGUCACAAAUUCAUUGUUUUUAUUCCAGUGCAUGAGCGGUUUAUGCACAGCACAAUAUAAUCGGGUGGGUGCCAUAUUCUCCGAUUAUUUCUCGGUCAAAUUCGGCGUAAAUCGUUAGACAUAGGAAAAUGGACGAGACGGACUCGGCAACGAAGGGACUUGCGUUGGACGAGGAGUCCAUAGACGCUGCCGGUGAGCCAGUGGAGGAGGGGGUGGAUUCGGAUACUGAGUCGGAGGCCGAAGUCACCACGAUGACAGUAAUGGGAGAACCGGGCAACAUCGAGAUUGGAGCCGAGUCCUUGCCGAACUCUGACGAUGCCGAGACAGCUUUUGCAGGCAAGUUUGAGGAUGCAGCAAGCUAACGUUAUUGUUACUCAUCAAGCUAGCUAGCUGCCAACUACACCUGUUUUAACUCGUUAGCUAGCUAGCUAGUACCAAAUAUUAUGUUAACUAGCUAACUUCCUUUCAUCUGUGCUAGUACUGUUAGUUUCAAUACUAGACGCAGAGGCAAACACAAACAGGUUAGCUAGCUAGCUAAAUCAAAUCAACCAGUCUAACCUGAUUCGGCUGCAUUAGCUACCGUUACCCAUUUUGAAAUGCAUGAACUAGCUAACUUAUACAUUUGAUUAUCAUCAUGGCCCCUUACAUGUACCUCCAAACAUGUUAUUUUCCGGAGAUAUUUGUAUUUAACGUUAGGUAAAAUACAGGUAAUAUUGCAAGACGUCUAUGUUGCCAGUUUCAUACAUAAUAUUUGGGUGCAGUCACUGUUUUUGUUUCCAUGUCUAUCAACUAUCAGCAUACCACCCUGCAUCCCACUGCUGGUUUACCUCUGAAGCUAAGCAGGGUUGGUCCUGGUCGCUCUGGAUGGGAGACCAGAUACUGCUGGAAGUGGUGUUGGAGGGCCAGUAGGAGGCACUCUUUUCUCUGGUCCCUAAAAAAAUAUCCCAAUGCCGCAGGGCAGUGACAUUGCCCUGUGUAGGGUGCAGUCUUUUGGAUGGGAUGUUAAACGGGUGGCCUGACUCUCUGUGGUCACUAAUCGUUAGAGUAGGGGUGUUAACCCUGGUGUCCUGGCUAAAUUCCCAAUCUGGCUCUCAUACAUACAUAAUGGCCACCUAAUAAUCUCCAGUUUCCAAUUGGCUCAUUCGUCUCCCCGUAACUAUUCCCCAUGUCGUUGCUGUAGAUGAGAAUGUGUUCUCAGUCAACUUACCGGGUUAAAUAAAAUAAAUAAAUAAAAACUAAUGUGAUUCACAUAGCGAGACCUACUACAAAAAGAGACAAGCCAGUGAUGUAUCUAAAGUGCAUUUGACUAUUUCAACCUGUGAUGUCUCACAACAGAAGUCACAACAGUCACUGUGGGGGAUGUCCAAGCAGCCGAGGACAAUGUGUUCACCGCCACCAUGGCCACCUCAGCCUCCAUACCAGAGCAUGUUCUUGUAAGUUCUCACAUGAUGGUCAUUUUGGAUCUGAAUAUCUUGUGGUCUAGGCCUACUAGUGGAAUUGUAUUGUUCCCGUGUAGCUCAAUUGGAAGAGCAUGGCACUUGCAACGGCAGGGUUGUGGGUUCGAUUCCCACGGGGGACCAGUAUGAAAAUGUGUUCACUCACUACUGUAAGUCGCUCUGGAUAAGAGCAUUUGCUAAAUGACUAAAAUGUAAAUGUAUUGGAUAUCGACGGCUGCCACACUAGAGCCCAGCAUGAGUAUUUAACAGUUCCAUUCCAGUAAUUUGUCCUUACCACUCACUAGGCGUAUAUCGUCUAGACUCUCCGACCACUCACUAGGCGUAUGUCGUCUAGGGGGCUAUUUGUACUAGAAAUUAAGCAAUGAGGGGGUGUGGUAUAUGGCCAAUAUACCACGGCUAAGGGAUGUUCUUAAGCACGACGCAAUGCAGAGUGCCUGGAUACAGCCCUUAGCUGUGGUAUAUUGGUCAUAUACCACAAACCCCAGAGGUGCCUUACCGCCCCAACAAAUCCACAGAUGUUGCAAUCUCUAUUGCACUCCACACUGCCCUUUCCCACCUGGACAAGAGGAACACCUACGUGAGAAUGCUGUUCAUUGACUACAGCUCAGCGUUCAACACCAUAGUGCCCUCAAAGCUCAUCACUAAGCUAAGGAUCCUGGGACUUAACACCUCCCUCUGCAACUGGAACCUGGACUUCCUGACGGGCCGCCCCCAGGUGGUAAGGGUAGGUAAAACACAUCUGCCACGCUGACCCUCAACACGGGGGCCCCUCAGGGGUGCGUGCUCACUCCCCUCCUGUACUCCCUGUUCACCCAUGACUGCAUGGCCAGGCACGACUCCAAAACUAUCAUUACGUUUGCUGAUGACACAACAUUGGUAGGCCUGAUCACCGACAACGAUGAGACAGCCUACAGGGAGGAGGUCCGAGACCUGGCCGUGUGGUGCCAGGAUAACAACCUCUCCCGCAACGUGAUCAAGACAAAGGAGAUGAUUGUGGACUACAGGAAAAAAAAGAGGACUGAGCACGCCCCCAUUCUCAUCGACGGGGCUGUAGUGGAACAGGUUGAGAGCUUCAAGUUCCUUGGUGUCCACAUCACCAACAAACUAUCAUGGUCCAAACACACCAAGACAGUCGUGAAGAGGGCACGACAAAGCCUAUUCCCCCUCAGGAGACUGAAAAGAUUUGGCAUGGGUCCUCAGAUCCUCAAAAAGUUCUACAGCUGUACCAUCGAGAGCAUCCUGACUGGUUGCAUCACCGCCUGAUAUGGCAACUGCUCGGCCUCCGACCGCAAGGCACUACAGAGGGUAGUGCAUACGGCCCAGUACAUCACUGGGACCAAGCUUCCUGCCAUCCAGGACCUCUAUAUCAGUGUCAGAGGAAGGCCCUCAAAAUUGUCAAAGACUCCAGCCACCCUAGUCAUAGACUGUUCUCUCUGCUACCGCACGGCAAGCGGUACCGGAGUGCCAAGUCUAGGUCCAAAAGGCUUCUCAACAGCUUCUACCCCCAAGCCAUAAGACUCCUGAACAGCUAAUCAUGGCUACCUGGACUAUUUGCACUGCCCCCCCCCCCCCCCCCUCUUUUACGCUGCUGCUACGCUGUUUAUUAUUUAUGCAUAGUCACUUUAACUCUACCCACAUGUACAUAUUACCUCAAUUACAUCGACUAGCCGGUGCCCCCGCACAUUGACUCUGCACCGGUACCCCCCUGUAUAUAGCCUCCCUACUGUUAUUUUAUUUUACUGCUGCUCUUUAGUUAUUAGCUUUUAUUUUUUUACUUAACACUUUUUUUUGUUUUUGUUUUUGUUAAAAAAAAUGCAUUGUUGGUUAAGGACUUGUAAGUAAGCAUUUCACUGUAAUGUCUGCACCUGUUGUAUUUGGCGCAUGUGGCAAAUAAAAUCUGAUUUGAUUUGCUAUUAUAAACUGGUUACAUUUACAUUUACAUCAUUUAGCAGACGCUCUUAUCCAGAGCGACUUACAAAUUGGUGCAUUCAACUUAUGAUAGCCAGUUUUUUUUUUAUUUGUUAAUGGGGGGUGGGGGAGGGGUAGUACAAUUUGAGUAGUAAAAAUUAAUGUUUUGUCAUACCCGUGGUAUAUGGUCUGAUAUACCACGGCUGUCAGCCAAUCAGCAUUCAGGGCUCGAACCACCCAGUUUAUAAUUUCCAACAACUAAUCUGAAAAGAAACAGACCAUGGAAAACCAGACCCAUAUGUCACAUCACCUACCCAGCAGCACAGACUGCAAUGUAAUGUUUCUCUCUGAUCCUCCAUCACAUGACAGACUGGCAGGACCACCCUACAGAUUGGCGACGGUCUCAAUCCCCAGAAGGCCACUCUGAUAGUGGUUCACACUGAUGGGAGCAUAGUGGACGCAACAGGACUGAAGAACGCUGCAGCCGCCAUGACCUCUGGUAUGCACCAGGGAAUCUCAAUGCACCUGUAUUUUGUACAAUACUUUUCAUAGAAAGUAUUGUAUAAAAUUCGUACCAUCACCUAGCAUUACGGUGCUGGGAAAGUUGUUGUAAUGGACUUGUAGCAAAUAGAUAGCUGCAUCUGCUUUGACCUGUAUGAUUUUAUUCCAGAGAUGCCUAGCCAAGACCAAGACAGGAUCAUUGCUAAAUUAAAUUAUGUCUAAAGCUGUAUAUGGCCUCUGAAAUAUUGCCUGGCCACGCAGAUUCCUUGCUCUGGCCAAAUGCUACGACACGCCCAAGUACGUUACUUUCUUCUCCCCAAUGAGUCUGGAUCUGAGUACCUCCCCGACCCUUCACUGAAUGCCAACACAUUUGGGGCCAUCUGAUUGGUCCAGAAACCAAUGGGUUGAGCCAGAGCCAGAAAGCACGUUGGUAAAGUGGCGGUUUGAAAAUGUCAUUGGCUUUGAUACUCUGAUUGGUUAGAGACGAUCCAAUCGCUGUUGACUUUGUUUUGUACAACGCCCCUCGUCACUACAAACGACUUCAAUGAUGGCAGUCUCAGACUAAAGUAUGUAGUGAACGACAGAGCAGCGGAAGAAUUUAGUGAGUCGUCAGGCUAUCUGAAAUACAUUUCAGGUGUCUCUGUAACUUCAGUGUUGUGUGUUGUCCUGUCGUCCCCAGGCCCCCAGACUCCCUCCACCCCAAUGAACCCAGGGCAGGAGAAAGAUGGCUCCAAGUACAACUGGGACCCGUCUGUGUACAACAACGAGCUGCCAGUGCGCUGCAGGAACACCAGCGGCAUGCUGUACAAGAACAGACUGGGCUCAGGUAGGUCUAGGUGUGGCCACAAGGUGGAGCUCUUGGUUUGAAGAUGAGGACAGUUUAGGAUCCAUCACUUUCCUCAGCCCUGGCUGGAAACCGCAGCCACCCUGAUGACCUGUAAUUGAAGUAUCAAGACUGGAAGGAGAAAUAAGUGUGUAAACUUGUUGAGGAGUGGCGGUAUAGGGAAUAGGGGUGGUUCUCUGGAGUUGAUUGUUUUUAACAAAUCCAGCUGCUAAAAGUUGUCUGAAAGAAGCCAUAUUUUCCAGAUGACAGAUUUUCUUCCCUCAACUUGAGAAUACAUGGGUUAUGGUGAAUGAAGGGGCUAGGAUAGUCUUAAUAAUUAGCUUCACAUGUCCAUCUCCAUGUAAAUAAUUGCGACCGUGUUGUCUUGUCUCUGCUGCCUGUCCAAUUGACUGACAAUCAGGCGGAAAGGGACGCUGCAUCAAGCACAGCAGCCACUGGUACACGCCCACUGAGUUUGAGGGCAUGUCUGGCCGGGCGAGCAGCAAGGACUGGAAGAGAAGCAUCCGCUAUGCAGGCCGUCCCCUGCAGUGCCUAAUCCAGGUGAGCGAGCCAGUCACUCAGCCGUGACAGGAUCUGAUGGCACUGUGCCACCUGCGGUCUGUCUCUCCGCUGUGUGGAAGACAGUUAAGGGUAUAUAUAUACCUAAUUGUUUAGUAACCAGCCAUGUGAUUGGUUCCUCAGGAGCGCAUCCUCAACCCCCACGCCGCGUCCUGUACUUGUGCGGCCUGCUGUGACGACCUCUCGUCGGUGAGUUAAUUGACUUUACAGAGACAAAGAUGUUGGUGAAUGAAUGUCUUGUGAACGUACCGGUAACUCAAGGGAUAGGAAGCCACAAGGGUAUGGGUGUAACAUACAGAACUGCUCGAUACAGGCCCUCAGUUUGCAGUGUGCGGUUUGCAUGACAUGUAGAUAUUGGUCAUCACUUCUAAAGGCCUGGUUGUGAAAUUCUCAUUUUACGUUUUGUCCAAUCACAUUCUCUUUGUCUUACAUUUUCCCCUAGUGUACCAAGGAUAGUCCAUCUUACGCAGGGGAGAACAUUAAUAUGGUAUGUACCAUUUAUUUAUGACAUGCAUUGCCAGCCAUAAUGUAAACAACAAUGAGCCAAUCUUGUGCCUCUGUUAAGUGUUUGAUAGUUUGAUGGUUCUUCCUCUGAUCCUCACUAUAGCGGGUCCCUGGGCUGGCAGACAUAAAUAAUAGACUCCAGGGGUUUAUUGUUUGUAAGAUAAGGGGGGAAAUUGUUUCCUACAGCCCAACAUAUAUUUUGUUUCACAGCUGCUUUUGCCAUCUGCAUCAAAGGCAAUCUUUUCUGAGCUUGUUGAUCACAUGAAACAGAACAUUCAGCUGCCUCUAAGUGUUUCUGUUAUAGAACUGUUAACAGUUUUUUGUUUUUUUACGGAAACUAAUCAAGCUGACCAACAGUUCAUGAAGGUGUGGGGAAAAACUGAUCACAUAUUAUUUCCUCCUCGAUUAUUGCUUACCAAUCAUUAUACCAAAGAUACUGGUAACUAACCCAAGAUUUAUCAUCGGCGUUGUUUCCAAUGGGAGCAAAUGAAGCAGUGGGCAGAACAAGCAAGGAGGUGGGCAGAGCCAAGCACGAGCUAGCAAGAUCCUAUUGGUGCGUUUUAGCAUGUAUUUGCAUAUUUCUGUCAGAGGACGCCCACUCUCAAGUGCGGGUGUACAAUAGAGCCCCACAGUGGAGGUGUCAUAAAACCUGUGAAACAGGGAAAUGGUUCCAAUCGUUUUUCCACCAUUCAUUUUUCCCAUAGGGGAUUUUAGAAACACUUAAAAUAAGGGCUGUGUUUUGUGUAGGCUUACCCUGGCGUGACGUUUUGAUAACCAUUUAAAUCGAUCUCGGACAAGGGGACUUUUAUCAAUAUAUUCGACUCUAGUUAAGCUCAGAUCCGAAAAUGCUAAUUAGCAUCAAAGUAGACAUCAUGGAAGACUACAAAUCCCUGCAAGCUCCUGCACAUCAUCUCUAGCUGACACCAUUUGCUAACAGGUAUUGUGUCAAUUUAAAACUUGCGCGAGACAGUUCACAGAAUUGGCCAUUUAAAUAAAUGUUGCCAAUUUAUUAAUUACUAAAUUUAGCUAACAUUAGAUGGUUAAUCCAGAGAUUCUUACCUUUGCCUCGAUACCGCAGUUUCAUCCAGAUCAUCAUGGCAUUUGUAGUUCUUUAUGAUAGCCACAUUAGCAGCUAAUUAGUAUUUCAUUUUUUGGGGGUGAAUGCAGGUGAAUAUAUUGAUUCAAGUCACCUUGUCCUAGAGAGAUUUACACAAUUAUCAAAAUGUCAUGCCAGGGUAAGCCUACACGAAACACAGCUCUUAUUUUAAGUGUUUCUAAAAUCCGCUAUGGGAUAAAUUAAUUGUGGAAAAACGAUUGGAACCAUUUCCUUGUUUGACUGCUAGAUUUGAUGGGUAUUAUGACUCAUACUGUGGUACUCUAUAACUCAAUUCGCCCUUGCACUCCUAAACUACACAAUUUCUUGAAACUUUGGCAAAGGGUGAAGUCUAUAAAACGUAGUGCACUCUGUUUGUAACAGAUUCUAGAUUUGGUAACAGAAAACUGCAUUGAGAUUGAAUGUUUAAUCGAUGAGAACAUUUGCAUAAUGUCGGCAAGGUUUCAUCUGGCUCCAUCUUCUCCUACUUUCCGCCAUUGGACUUCCUGUCAUCACCAUACUUGGUGGUGAGUGGAGGUUCUAAAUGGAUGCUUCAGACUUGGGUUUCCCCUGUUGUCUGUGAUUAAACUUUCCCUUUUCCUUCUGGUCCAGACUGGCCCGGUCAGACUGUUUGUCCCUUACAAGAGACGCAAGAAGGAGAACGAGCAGCCGACCACUCCAGAGAAGAAGGACCUCCCACUCCCACCGCCCAAGAACAUCACACUGGCACCGGGGGCAACAUGUGAGUUACACACACAAAUACAGAGCUAAAUGAGUCUACUAGGACAGAGAGAGAAAGGGAGAGGGGAAAUACUGCACAAUUUAAACACUUGCCCCCAAUCCCCCCUUCCCCAAAACACGUGUAAAUAUUGGACUAUAAAUUGUGCCAUCCUGUAUUAUACUUAUGCUAAAUGUUUAUUAUGUUCUAUUGAGCCAUUUACUUUAUAUUCGUAUUCUUAUCUUUUAUUAUUUAUAUUUGUUGUUACAUUGUUGCAUUUAAUUGGAUGGUGUAUACCAUGUGUAUCCUCUACAUACGACUAAUAAAACUUAACGCACACACUCUUCAGAUGCCACAGACAGACACUGCAGAGCAGAGCCAUCUGUCACAGUGAUUCAGCAGGUGUCUGUUGGAGGUUAAAGGGUUUUCGACAUCCUCCCCUUAACCUCUUGCAUGACAUAAAUGGGUCCCAUCUUUCAGAAGGAAGUCUUUAAAUAUGUGUUACAGACAAGACAAAGCACAGGACAGAGGACAAAGUAAAUCCUGCUCAGUCAUCACCUGUGAUUACCUUGUCAAAAUGGCACCACAGGGUAGCUGUUGGCACCGUUUUGUAUACACCCCAUAGAGGUUCUCUGCCAGUCGCUUGCACAGUGGUAUUCAAAGUCAGGGUGGUGGGGGAAUUGAGAGUACAGAUUAUUUUAUUGGACAAUAUACAAACGUUUUUGAGAAAGAUAAUUUGGAAGAUAGAUUUUUAUUUAGUAAAUGCAUUUAUUGGUUCUCUAAAGAGAGAUGAAAUGCAAUGAAUGUGUAAUGAAUACUCGGACAGAGUGGUAAGAUCCAAUCGCAGAAUAGCGAUGCUUUAUUAGAGUACAGACAAGGGAAUAGCUUAAUCGUGGUCGGGCGGGCUGUGGUCAAAACCGGGCCAGGCAUAGACAGGCAGAGGUACCAAAGGAGCGGGCUUAGUCGUAGUCGAGGUCACAGGCACAGGAUCAGAGAACGGUAAUCACUGGGGUAGACAAGUAGAGGAUUAAGCAAUUCGGGGAGUCAAACAACAAGGCACAGGUCGGAUACACGGGUAAUCAAAACAACAAACUCUCUCUCUCUCUCUCUCUCUCUCUCUCUCUCUCUCUCUCUCUCUCUCUCUCUCUCUCUCUCUCUCUCUCUCUCUCUCUCUCUCUCUCUCUCUCUCUCUCUCUCUCUCUCUCUCUCUCUCUCUCUCUCUCUCUCUCUCUCUCUCUCUCUCUCUCUCUCUCUCUCUCUGAACAAAACGCUUAGCAAGUCACAAUGGAACAAUACCUCGCGCCGACUGAGCACACCUUAAAUCCUACACUAAUUACUGACAGGUGUGCUCAGAACUCAGGUGAACCAGAUCGAGUCUGAUGACUCCCCCUCUCAGUAGUUCGGGGAAGUGUCAGACUCUGUCUAGAUCCUGCCAACCCCCGAUCCCUUACAGAAUGGAAUGUUAUUUGUGAAAAUCUAAAUUUACCGAUUUCAAGGCUGUCAUUAGAUUUGGGGUGGGGUUGCCAGAAAUUCUGGUGAAAAAAUGGGGUCCCCGCUGAACAAGUUGGAAUACCAUUGAGUGCAACAUUGUCCCAGGGGAAAUUAAGCUUGUCUGUGCCUCAAUCCAGCUCCAUCUUUUCUUAUCACUUACAAUGGGAAUACCUCCAUCCAGCUCCAUCUGUUUCCUUUUGUUUAUCUUCAAUUGCUUUGUUGAGGCAAUUUAUUUUUAUCCUGCUCUCUACCAAAAUGGACUCCUACGUCUUUUGAAUUGUUUUAUUACCAAUAUAAUAGUUCCUACAUUUGUUUUAGAUCUACUGCAUAUUGGACCAUAUCUUUAUGACAUUGCAUUGUUUUUGGCUGUCAAUGUUCUGAGACAGUUUUUCUUUCAGAUGACUCACAGCGCUAUUGACCAUAUAGACACAAAGUAUCUUGGCUUGUAAAAAGUAGUUUCCAAGUCCCACUGCCCCUGGAGUUGGGGACAAGAUAAAGCAUCGAUAAAGCACUCAAACGUUUUUAUUCUGAGAUCAGUCAAUCAAUCAAUUAUCAAUCAAUGCGUUGUCUUUGUCUUCUUUCUGCACUCCAGUCACAGUAUCUCCGUCAGGCCAGAUCACCACGUCAGGGACCCUGACCUUCGACCGGACGUCUCCCGGGGACUCCACAGCCCUUCUCUCUGAGGGCACGGCACAGGGCGAGGUCUUCACCAGCUCAGAAGGUACCUACAGUAGGUUACCCCUCCACCCACCACCAUCACACGGAAGGUACCUACAGUAGGUUACCCCUCCACCACACCACCAUCACACGGAAGGUACCUACAGUAGGUUACCCCUCCAUCACACCACCAUCACACGGAAGGUACCUACAGUAGGUUACCCCUCCACCACACCACCAUCACACGGAAGGUACCUACAGUAGGUUACCCCUCCAUCACACCACCAUCACACGGAAGGUACCUACAGUAGGUUAGCCCUCCACAAUAGCUUGGUAUCCAUUUCUCGAAGGUCUUCAGUUGAGAGGAUAUAUCACAGAGUCACUCUGAUUAAACAAAGUGGUUUUGAAAUAACAACUGGAUCCAAAAUGCAUAGCUAGCUAUUUCCACAAGCAAAGUGGACUCUAUAGAUGUAUUUACCUGGUUUCCGGUCAGGGCUCGGCGUGCACAUUUAACAUAUUGCCCUAAGCAAGCUGGACAGUCCUUGAGUCCUCUGCUCUGUGUGUCAGACAGACAGCGAGUGGGGACAGGGGACUGAGUCAUGUGACCUGUGGUUGGUAGUGAGUGGUGGAAUCCCUAUUAGACUGGGCUCUGGCUGCCCCAAUUACCUGCUACCUGUCUGUCCCCGGCAGUCAGCAGUCUGGAUCCACCCCCUAUUAAUCAUCCUAUCAAAACCCAGGGAUGCCCGGGCCGUGUCUGUGUCCUGAUUGGUUUGUGCGUGUGUGUGACGUGCAUUCCGUUCAUCUGUCUAGCUAACGAGCUCCUGGGGGACGCCUCCUCAGUAACAAAGCGUCUCUGACAGGGAUACCCGUCCGACCGACGCGCUCCGCUCCCCAUGUGUAAAAUGACCACAAUUACCAUUUUAACGUUUAACCAUUUCACUCCCCCUUUUUUUCCUCCUCCCCCUAUUGAUAUUCUCCUAUAUAUUUGCAUCCCUUUGUUUCUUUCUAUCUUGCAUUGUUCUUUCCUCUCUUAAAGAGUUGCAGUUUGCUCUCCAUGGUCUAUACUGGAUUCCAACCAAUUCUGGCCAGAAUGACUGGCGUUUGCUGCUCAGUCCCUCUACAUUAAGUCCAGUACACCCAUCCACCCUCCCUGUGAGCCAGACAGGUAUACAGCAGACUACCCCUACUCAGCCAGCUGUAAUGGUGUGAGCCGCAUCCUCUGUGUGACUGCUCCCAGCGUUAAGAUUAAAGACGAUCUCUGGGCUUAAUUAGCCAUCUGGUUGGCGGUAAGAGUAAAGCACGGACCUGACUUGCGUGGGUUGGUUGGCUAGCCAGUAAUGAACUUCCCUAGCCAGUAAUGAACUUCUCUAGUUAUUUAGUAAUGAACUCGGUGUUGGGUGGUGGUUCUUCAGGAUGGCAGAGAGAGUAGGUGCUCUUGUAAAGCGACUAGCGCAAAGCCUUGUAUGGUAAUGCUGCUAUGUCCUUGAUAGCUGCCUGGCAGCCACUAUGUUGCUCUAUGAGGAUGGUGGGAAGAUGUGGUUGUGAAAGCAGCGGUCUCAAAAGAUGGAGGUGGAUGACGUUUCUCUGUUUUGAUAUUAUUGUAUAGAUUUUUGAUGGCGAUCCUGCUUUGCUUUGUUGAGUCCAUGUGCCAAGUCUCUCAAACAUCCCUCCUGUGCUUUUUUCCUUCAUUGGUAGGGUACUUAUACAGUAGGUUAAAUGUCCUAAAUAGGUCAUAUCACUACCCAAUAUGCGGUACUUUCAGAAUGAGAUCAUUGGCCAGAAGGGGAGGAGACCUGUAUAGAAAUACUUUUAGAAGUACAUUGGUGUAACCUUUAGGUGUUUAUUACCUCUCCUCCCUCUCCUACCUGCUCACACCUCCUCCAGAAGCCUUCCUCCUUCCUGCAUCGUGCAGAUCCUGGUCGCCCGAGGAUGACAGUUGUCAGCAGACGCUGCCUCCGACCAACGCCCCCAUCCUAAUUUAGAGUGCUGCUCUGACGUACUGUCAUGAUCCCCUCUCUCUCUCGACAUACAGACUCACGCAUGCACACACACACCUCCUGCUCUACACAUACUCUCUCUCUCUCACUGAGAUCAUCAACAAGGUACAUGGAGAGACCUCUCUCUCUCUCUCUCUCUGUUCUCAUCGCUCACUCUCCCUGGCUCACCACACAAUUAAGCCCCCGGCAAAGAUGGAUGCCUGGUUAUUUUAGGAGCCGCCUAGUGAGGAGAAGGGAAGGGGAGCCCCUCACAAUGGUCGCCCAGUGGAGUGGAGGGGAGGCUGAGACUGAUAGUCCACCUCAUGUACCAGACUGUUUCCGGGAUGAGGUGUUUGUGUUUUUUACCCCGGUUAUUAAACAUCUAAUUGCCCGGUUAUAAAUUUUUUUGUGAGCCCAACCCACCGUUUCUCUUGAAAGAAAUCAAAUCAUUCAAGACAGAAAUCAAGUCAGUAUAACUCCCUUCAGUGGGCUGAAGGGAGUUGUAGUUUCCAUUAAGCAAAUAUUCAACCUAGUUCAGCGCAGAAACAUGGUAUUUAACUACAAUGACCAUAAUAAAUUGCAUCUGUUAUUUGAUACACUUUUACACAGAUCGCGUAGACCGCGUGAGAGAGGAAUUUACACAACACAAUAAUGAGAGAGAUAGACAGUUUGUGAAAGUAUGCCGUAUCUAGUUUGAAAAACUAGUAAAAUGAUCUUGUCAGAAAGCUCUGCAGCAUACUUAGGCAGGCUAGGCUAGCUAAAUAGGAUGACUAAAGACAGUACAGUAUGAGGAGCACAGAGAUAAUGUUGGAUGGUCUGGCUGGCUGACUGCUACGCCCUGAGCAGAGAUGAGAUUGUGACUUUAAGGAAUUAAAAAUAAUAAAGUCAUCAAACAAAAACUAAGUAGCCUAAGAUACACAAUGGAAAUGUUAUUAUUUCAUAGUAAUUUCCUAUUUUUCCAUUGUCUACCCAAUGUGGACCUGACAGAGAAAAUUGAAUAUUUUGUUUUGUCAAUUGAAUGUUCACAUUUCUUUGGCAUUGCAAGUUCAAUUAAGAAGCUCUAAAAUCAGUUUAAUGUCAUUAUUUCAUUGUGCAUUUCAUGUUUUAAAAAAAAUCAUCAAAAUCGAAAACCGUGAUUAUUUUGUAAGAAGCGAAACCGAACCAACCUCAAAAAGCACUAAAUGCUCAGCAAUAGGACACCUUGGUUUUGGCUCAGUACUGUGAGAAGCCAGUGUGAGACUCAAAAGUGUAUAGACCGAAGCGCACUCUGCCUGCCUGCUGUCUUGGUUUAAUGUAUAUACCAGGGCUCUCCAACUCUGUUCCUGAAGAGCUACCCUCCUGUAGAUUUUCAAUCCAACCCCAGUUGUAACUAACCUGAUUUCAGUUUAUCAACCAGCAAAUUAUUAGAAUCAGGUGCGCUAGAUUAGGGUUGGAGCAAAAACUUACAGGACGGUAGCUUUCCAGGAACAGGGUUGGAGAGCCCUGGUAUAGACCGAAGCACUCUCUGUCUGCCUGGCGUGCUGUCUUUGUUUUCAGCAGGCAUCUCUUUGUUCUCUCUAGCCACCUAGUUAGGACGGCACUGUCUGUUCUAGAGUCCUGUUCUCACCCCCCGCUCACUGUCUUUUCAAGUGAACAAUGAGGAACUACAUUAGUUGAGGGAGUUAUUUCUCUCCUCGGCUGUGGGGUGUUGCUAUCUCCAGGAAGUUGGUCCUCUAUUCCCACCAAGGCUUUACAGGUGGAGAUCACAGGUGUCACUCCUCUCAAGAGCCCUCUCUCUAUCAGUCUCUCUCACACUAUCACUCUCUCACCUUCUCUGACACUUUCUCUCACCUUCACCUUCUCUCUCUGACACUUUCACCUUCUUUCUCUGACACUUUCUCUCACCUUCUUCUCUGACACUUUCUCUCACCUUCACCUUCUCUCUCUGACACUUUCUCUCACCUUCUUUCUCUGACACUUUCACCUUCUUUCUCUGACACUUUCUCUCACCUUCUUUCUCUGACACUUUCACCUUCUUUCUCUGACACUUUCUCUCACCUUCUUCUCUGACACUUUCUCUCACCUUCUUCUCUGACACUUUCUCUCACCUUCUUCUCUGACACUUUCUCACACCUUCUUCUCUGACACUUUCUCUCAACUUCUUUCUCUGACACUUUCUCUCACCUUCUUUCUCUGACACUUUCUCUCACCUUCUUUCUCUGACACUUUCUCUCACCUUCUUUCUCUGACACUUUCUCUCACCUUCUUUCUCUGACUCUUUCGUUCUUAGUCUCGCUUUCUCUUUGCUCUCAUUCUAUAUCUUUUUCUCUCUUCCACAUAUUUCUGUCUCUGUUUCCUUCACUUUCUUUCUCUUCCAUAUAUUUCUUUCUCCUCUCAGCCCCAUCUUUUUAUCGCUCACUUUCCCAUAUUUAUCUCGCUCACUCUCAAGCUCUCGCUCUCUCUCGCGCUUUCUCUCUCAGCAUCCUCAGAUCAUUCCGUAUUAUGAUGCCACAACACAAACAGGCCGACCAUCAACACAGCCUGAGCCAUUGUCUCAGUGCUCUGGAAACUGCAUACAAUCAGUCUGUUUGCAAAUAUAGCAUUUUGUCUGGAGUUUGCUGUGUGAGAGUGUACAUUUUACAUUUACAUUUUUAGUCAUUUAGCAGACACUCUUAUCCAGAGCGACUUACAGUUAGUGAGUGCAUACAUUAGUUUGUUUUUGAGUAUUUAUUUUUUAUAUACCCCCCCUUGGGAAUCGAACCCACAACCCUGGAGUUGCAAACACCAUGCUCUACCAACUGAGCUACAUCCCUGCCGGCCAUUCCCUGCCCUACCCUGGAUGACGCUGGACCAAUUGUGCGCCGCCCCAUGGGUCUCCCGGUCGCGGCCGGCUACGACAGAGCCUGGAUUCGAACCAGGAUCUCUAGUGGCACAGCUAGCACUGCGAUGCAGUGCCUUAGACCACUGCGCCACUCAGUAGACCACUACUCCCUGAAGAUCUCUUUUACUCAUGCACACACACACACACACAACCACAUGCACGUCCAUGCACACACCAGUGGCGGUCGGUUCCUUUUAAGAUGAGGGAGGACAAUUCUUAUUUUUUUUAUGUGCAUGGCCUUAUUUCUAUUACAGCAUAUUGGAUUACUGUCAUUCAUUUUCCAUUCACCCAGUUCAAUGUAACAUCGAUAGGUUCAGGCUACUACAUGAUACUCGAAUUGUCCCUAUACCCAUCAUGAGGUUGCUACAGCCUAUAAAUUAAAGUUUACAACGUAGGUGCAAUCAGGUCCAGAGAAAGAUUUGAGGUGACACAUGGACAGACAGUGACACAUUCAAUACCGCCUUGCACACUCUUGCCUGCAUCUAGCUGAUCUAGGGUGUAAUCAUUAGUCCAACAGUUGCAAACAAGUUUCUAUUGGACAAAUUCAGGUAUGUUCAUCCCCGUUUCGUUCCGUUUGCUUCCGUUUUAAGAAAAGUUUUUCAAUAGAAUCGGCGGAAUGAAUACACCCCUAAUCACACGCAAAGAGUUCACUUUCAUAGCCACAUACAAACAGCUUGUUGUAUUCCUUCUUGCAUCUAUGCGCUCUCUUCCUCUCACCUUUUCCUGCACAACACAUCAGCUUUUUGUGACCAGGUGAAAAAACCUUUCCAAGCCAAACCUUCAUAUCAUAACUGCUACACACUGCCAAAAUGUUUGUCACCAUAUUAGCUAAAGUAACGUCAUAGUCAACAUAGCUAAUAAAACUAACGCAUUAGUAAACCCGUAAGCAGUUUAACAGUUACACCGGCGGGCCCCGGUGGCAAUAAUUUAGUAAAACCAAACGCUUACCUUGACUUGGAAGAGUUCCAAUGUUUGAUAGUCGUAGCCAGCUAGCUAACAUAGCAUCCCUCUGUUUGAGCCAGGUGUUUGAAUAGGCUAAACUAGCUAGCUGUAUUUGCUACCUAAGUAAGUGAAAGUAAAAAAAUAAUUUGACUAAAUAUCUCUCUCUCUUGCUCCUCAUUCAUUUUUGAAGAAAUUAAUUUGUUCAAAACUGUUCAACGAUUGUCUUUCUCUCUCUUUGAGUCAACUACUCACCACAUUUUAUGCACUGCAGUGCUAGCUAGCUGUAGCCUAUUCUUUCAGAACUAGGUUCAUCCUCUGUACCUUUGAUUGGGUAGACAACACGUCAGUUCAUGCUGCAAGAGCUCUGAUGGGCUGGAGGAUGUCCUCCGGAAGUUGUCAUAAUUACUGUGUAAGUCUAUGGAAGGGGUUGAGAACCAUGAACCUCCAAGGUUUUGUAUUGACAUCAAUGUACCCAGAGGAGGACGGAAGCUAUCUGUCCUCCGUCUACACCAUGGUGCUACCCUACUGAGUGCUGCUGAGGCUACCGUAGACCUUCAUUGCUAAACUGUGUGUUUUACUUAUUUGGUGACGUGAAUAUAUUUAGUAUAGUUUUAUCUAAAAAGGAUAACUUUUUUUAAAUGAGAGAUCCUUGAUGAAAACCUGCUCCAGAGCGCUCGGGACCUCAGACUGGGGCGAGGGUUCCCCUUCCAACAGGACAACGACCCUAAGCACAUAACCAAGACAACGCAGGAGUGGCUUCGGGACAAGUCUCUGAAUGUCCUUGAGUGGCCCAGCCAGAGCCUGGACUUGAACUCGAUUUGAACAUCUCUGUAGAGAACUGAAAAUAACUGUGCAGUGACACUCCCCAUCCAACCUGACAGAGCUUGAGAGGAUCUGCAGAGAAGAAUGGGAGAAACUCCCCAAAUACAGUUGUGCCAAGCUUGUAGCGUCAUACUGAAGAAGACUUGAGGUUGUAAUCUCAGCGAAACAUGCUUCAACAAAGUACUGAGUAAAGGGUCUGAAUACUUAUGUAAAUGUGAUAUUUCCGUUUUUUAUUUUUAAUACAUUUGCAAACAUUUCUAAAAACCUGUUUUUGCUUUGUCAUUAUGGGGUAUUGUGUGUAGAUUGAUGAGGGAAAAAUAUCAAUUUAAUCUAUUUUAAAAUAACAGAGUAACUUAGCAAAAUGUGGAAAAAGUCAAGGGGUCUGAAUACUUUCCGAAUGCACUGUAUAUGACUGCAUGCAGUGUGUCUUGAGCCUCAUGCAGUGUGUGUGUGUGUGUGUUGUUAGGGCUACUGUGAUGUAUAUGAUGGUGCUCUCUCUUCAUCUCCCACUCUCCUUCCAGGAAAGAGCUCAAAAGUUAGAGACAGUGAAAGAGACCAAGAUGAGGAAGAUACCAGAGACUCCCCCUCACUCCUGCAGCGAUCUACACCCCUCGCUCCUCAUUCGCCCCCUCCCCGUCCAUCUCCCCCUGCUCCCUUCCAUCUCCCCUCUCUCCUUCCAUCUCCCCCUCUCUCCUUCCAUCUCCCCCUCUCUCCUUCCAUCUCCCCCUCUCUCCUUCCAUCUUCCUCUCUCCAGAGUAGUUGUGUUUUUUUUGUUUAGACUGUUGUUGCUCUUUGUCUGUUCUGCUGUGCUCUCUGGUACAGUUGGAGGAAGAUAAAUCACUGGUGGGCUUUCAUCUCUCCCAUCGGUGUGCUGCUUGGUGGAACCCUAUGAUUAUUAUACCUUUCCCUGAGCCACAGACCAGUGGAGGCUCCUCAGAGGAGGAAGGGGAGGACCAUCCUCCUCAGUGAAUUUCAUUUAAAAAAAAUAGUAAAACAUUAAUAAAGCUAUCCUUUUUAGAUAAAACUAUACUAAAUAUAAUCACGUGUCACCAAAUAAUUGACUGAAACACAUUAUUUUGCAAAAAAGGUCUACAGUAGCCUCAACAGCACUCUGUAGGGUAGCACCAUGGUGUAGCCAGAGGACAGCUAUCUUCCAUCCUCCUCUGGGUACAUUGACUUCAAUACAAAACCUAGGAGGCUCAUGGUUCUCACCCUUCCAUAGACUUACACAGUAAUUAUGACAACUUCCGGAGGACGUCCUCCAACCUAUCAGAACUCUUGCAGCAUGAACUGACAUGUUGUCCACCCAUUCAAAGGAUCAGAUAAUUAAUAUAAUCUAGUACUGAAAGCAUAAGCUACAUCUAGUUAGCACUACAGUGCAUAAAAUGUGGUGAGUAGUUGACUCAAAGAGAAAGAAAGACAAUAGUUCAACAGUUUUGAACAAAUUAAUUUAAUCCAAAAUGAAGGAGAAGCAAGAGAGAGAGAGUGUCAUUUCUUUUGGUUUUACUAAUCUAUUGCCACCGGGGCCCGCCGGUGUAACUGCUUACUGACUGUACACUAACGUUACUGCAUGAUUGUAGCGGGUUUACUAACGCAUUAGUUCUAUUAGCUAUGUUAACCUUGAUGUUACUUUAGCUAAUACGGUGAGAAUGAUGUAGGUUGUGUGUAGCGGUUUGGCUUGGAAAGGUUUUUUCGCCUGGUCACAUACAGCUGAUGUGUUGUGCAUUGAAGUCCACAAGCGAAAGGAAGCGGUUAGAGGAGGAGAGCGCAUAGAUGCGAGAAGGAAUACAACAUGGCUGCUAUGAAAGUGAACUGUGUUUACGCGUGAUCAGGGGUGUUUUCAUUCCGCCGAUUCUGUUGAAAAACGUUUCUUAAACGGAAGCAAAGGGAACAAAACGGGGAUAAACAUACCUGAAUGUGUGCAAUAGAAACUCUCGUUUGCAACUGUUGGACUAAUGAUUACACCCUAUAUCAGCUAUAUGCAGGCAAGAGUGUGCAAGGCGGUAUUGAAUGUCACUGUCUGACCAUGUGUCACUGUCUGUCACCUCAAAUUCUUCUCUCGACCUGUGUGCACCUACGUUGUAAAUGUUAAUUCAUAUGCUAGGUUGUAGCAACCUCCAUGAUGGGUAUAGGGAAAAUUAGAGUAUCAUGUAGUAGCCUAAACCUAUCGAUGUUACAUUGAACUGGGUGAAUGGAAAAUGAAUGACAGUCAUCCAAUAUGCUGUAAUAGAAAUAAGGACAUGCUCAUGAAAAAAAUUAUCGUCCUACCUUAUCUUAAACAGCACUGACCACCACUGCCACAGACGUAUCUCUCCUCCAUGACGCUUGGACAAUGUGUGGGGCAGGCAGGCUGUUAUCUGGCCUAAUUCUCUCCCUCAUUCCACCCACGUUUCCCUCCUUUCCACUCUUUUUUUUUGGAAGCAUGAAAUAAGGAGUCACAUCUGGAGUUACUAGGUGUGGGUUGAGGAAGGGCAGCUAUUGUUGGGGUUGACACGAUUUCAGAAAGUAGUUUUUGCCCUGAUUUAUAUUUGGCUUCCAUAUUAAUCGGACUGGCCCAACAUUCUUAUCAAUUGCACAUAUGUUACGUACAUACAUUUGUUUUCUGUCAACCAAUGUAUUGAUUGUUUUUCCAUCAAACAUUGUAUGGAUACCAAUGCACUUAUUGAAAGUAUAUUGAUUCAUAAUUAAUAUUCCACAUUCCUUGCCUCAAAUAAUUAAGAAAUUAUUAAUGAAUACUCUCAUUAAACCUUUCCAUUCCAAACGUACAAUCUAACCCCUCCCUCUCUCCCUACAGUGUUGACAGCGAUCCCGGCCCUGGCCAUGGCCCCCCAGGCCAAGAUGGUGUCUCCAUCCUCCUCCCCCUCCCUGGGGCUGGUGAACGGAGGGCUGGAGGUGUCUGGGGUUGGGGAGGGCCAGAGGACCUGGCUUUACCUGGAGGAGACGGCCAACAGCCUGCUAAGCACGGUGCAGCAGCUCAAGGCCCUGAUCGACCAGGCCAAGCAGGCCUGCCACUGCCAGGCAGGCCAGGACGCCUUCAACCAGGACAAGGUCCACGGCAGCAGGAAGGAGGUGAGGGGACUGGUGGAGACCCUGGUGGUUAGUCCAGUGUCCUGGUCAUUAGGGCACAAUAUAGUGAAAUGUUUUCACACUAGCAUUUUCUUCUAUUUUGUGCCUAUUGAACAUGACCCAGGGGAAAUGCUGGGUGUCUAUUGAGGUGUUGUUGUUGAAUUUUAGUUUGACUUCAAUUUGCGGUCUUCCCUCUUGCAGUGUACACUCACCCAGCCCUUCCAGAGUCAGAUAUCAUUCCAGCACCCAGAUGACCCAGAGGGGAAGAGAGGCUCAGAAAUCACUGAGAUCAUCAUCAAGGUACAUGGAGAGACCUUUCUUUCUUUCUCUCUCUCUCUCUCGUUCGUUCGUUCGUUCAUUCUUUCUCUCUCUCUCGUUCGUUCUUUCUUUCUCUCUUUCUUUCUCUUUGCUGCGUUCCAUUCAAUCCAUUAAAGAGAAAAGGCCUCUUUGAUCCAGGUCUCCCCUGGAGGAUAAAACUGUCAGAGCUGGUUGAAAUAUCACACCUGCUACUUCUCACACACAAACAAUAUAGAGAUACGGGAGAAACAAACAACCUUGAAGCCACAUGACUUCUCCCACCUGAGAGCAUUUGUUAGAUAGAAGGGGUGGAAAGGGAAAUGUAACCCUGGCAUCAUAUCAACAAAAAAGCCAGCGGUGACAUUUUGUGCCUCUUGGUUCCCCUGGAGAAGCAAUUUGUUUUCACACAUCACAACUGGAGCCUGUUGAUGGGUUGUUGUUGUUGUUGUUGUUGUUGUUGUUGUUGUUGUUGUUGUGUUGUUUGUUGGGGUUUGGUUGUAAGGAAUCACAAGUGGGCUAUGGCGGUGAUAUGUCAGAGGGCAUGUCUCAGGGGUACUUGUGUGUCUGCGUGGUAGAGAGUGUCGUGUAGUGUGGUAGCGCUGUAUGGGGCUGAGUAACAACAAAUCAAACCUCUUCUAUCGUGCUAAGUAUGACCUGCCUCAUCUGAUUUCCAGUUCAUUUGCAAAUCAAUUCUUUCCCUUUUUUAGAUUGUAAUUCGAUUCCAUUCUGUGACUUUCUCUCCCACAGCAAAUGUGUGUGAACUGUGGACGGGAGGCCAUGAGCCAAUGCACGGGAUGCCACAAGGUCAACUACUGUUCUACCUUCUGUCAGAGAAAGGUAAGACUUAACCCUCUACAGACUGUGUCACUGAACUAAGUUGUCAGGGGUCGUGUCAGCUCGGCUUAAUUUCGCUAAGCGUUCUGCAGGCCAUAAAAGGUAUCUUAGGACCCAUGAACAUGUCAGGUCAUCAAGUCUACUGAUUGGAUCACAGCCCACCACCCUCCCCACUACUGGUCCCUUGUCAGUAGUGGGGGCGUAUUUCAAUCAAAUAGCCUACUCUUAGGAACCAAAAACAGGCACAAUGAGGGCAAAACAUUACUUCCUGAAAUUGUGUGGAGAUUGAAUCGUCCCCCAACCCACCCACCACUGACCGCUUGUCUCACUCCUUUAGUCUGCCUUAUUCUUAUUGCAGGACUGGAAGGAGCACCAGCACAACUGCUGCCAGACCGGUGGGGGUGUGGCUGUUCAGGAGGAGGUGCCCAUGUCAACCAUAGACAUGGACAAAGUCAAGAUCUAGCAGGUACAGACACCCAAAACAAACUCUGUAAAAACAGAAAAGAUGUGUCCUGGAAACCAGACGAUUAUUGAAUGACUGUACGUUUCAAGUGUAGUCCACUACCCCGGUUAACCAGGGUUUAAAAACACACUGAAUGCCUGUUGCUGAAGAAAGACUAUUGCUCUAACAAUACAUGUAUUUAUUGUUUAUUUGUUUAUGUAUUACGUUGGCUCUGUCCUAUGUUGAAUGGAGCAGGACAGGCAGGUAUACGACAGUAGGUUCUAUAUAAAACACACAAUGACAAAUCAAUGACCAUGUCGAUUGUCCUCUUGCUUAUUCCCAGUGACUGCCUGCUGUGAGAGAUUAAGUGAUGUAAUGACCUAAAUAAUCACAUUGAUAUGUAAUGACUCUACUGAGAAUGUCACACAACUUGUCAUUUGACAGAUUUUCAAUAUAACUUGCAAAAAACCUGCAAACUGAAAAUGCAUUUCAAACCUGUGUUUGACUGGGUGUAAAUAUAUUUUCAUUACAUUGCAACACAUUAUCAAUACAGUCAAUGCAUUUUCAACACAUCUUUCAUUUGUACAUUCCACAAGGAAAUUGGCUUGAGAUAGUGAAUGAACUUUGCCCUGAGUCAGGAGGUCAUGCAGGGCGAGAGUUGUCUGACACGUAGGCAACUGCCAUCCACCCACCCACUGUCUCUGUAGGCUUCAUUGUUAAGUGUGUUACUGCCAUGGUUAUUAUUUAAUGGAUGGUGGACGUUAGUGAGAUUAUUGGAGCUUUUCUCAGUGAUAGCUGUCAACUGCUGCACUGAUGUGGAUUAAUCCACUGGAUUACAACUGUCAGGUGACUGGGGGAGGGGAGGAUGUGUGUGCUGUGCUUCAUAUCUUUCUGUGAAGACCAACUGGUAUACACACCAUCACUACUCACCGGAGAACUGGUAUGAAAAACUAGGGUCAAUUUGAGCAACGGCUACCCGUCCAAAAGAGGGUCCAUUACAUUGAUAAAUUGAGACUCCUGUUGAGGGAUUGGAAGAGUUUUGAGACCCACAAUGACCUACCCAACUUUCUGGGGGAGUCCUCCUGACUUCCUGUGGCCUCUGGAGGCAGUAAUCACAACCAGGCUUUUUGGGGAUGAAAGGUUAACGUUAUCCAGUAUAUGACUUUGACAGGUACGUCCAUUCCAAUGUUUCAGAUACAGAGGUCAUUCAUGUUCUCUUGUGAGGUCACAUCGACACAUGCUGUGGUCACCAAUGAGUUCUCUCACUCUCCCCUUAUGUUCCUCGUUUAGUUAUAUUAGAGAACUAACCAAAUAGAAUGACUCCUGGAAGAAAACAUUUCCUUAUGCAAGGGAGCACUGCACAAUGACCUCAGCCUCAGCUCUCCAACACUGAGCAGACAGCCUUGUCUUGUCUGGCAUUGUAAUCCCUGCAUCUGUCAAACUCACACGUCACUCUCCGUAUCGGGCAUGAAAUGACUGCUACCGUGGCUGCCCAACCACCGCUGGGCUGAGCCUGAGUCGAGGGCACAGGGAGGGAGAGAGGGAGGAAAUGAACAGUGGUUCUAAUCUGAUGCCCUGGACUGAGAGCCACUCUGUUGUAUUUGUCCCAUUUGGUAUAUUUGACAAGGACUUCAGCUGCAAGGAAGGGGACAAGGAGGACGAGAAAGGGGAAGGAAAUUGCAGAUGGGCCCAUAUGGAUGAAUGACAGUGUGGCGAGAAGAAUACCUUCUACCCACCUCCACCUCUACCCCCCUCCACCUCCCACCUCCAUGGAUGAUGUGUAAGCCCUCUACAAUGUUUUCCCUUCUCCUGUCCCUCCCCUCUAACCCCCUAAUGCUUUUCUCAAGGUAGAUGUGUUUUUUUUCGUGGAACGUUGCACACCUUAAAAGCACCCAAGCCAGGAGCAUAAAUCGAAAUGGCUUAUGAGAAACCUGACCAGAGGAAAUAACCCUGAAAGACACUACUACUAUUGGGUCGUUUGGCACUGUUAUUUGGCUCCUUCAAUGGAUGGGGGUCAGAUUGGGCAGACAUUCCCCCUUUUUUUUUUUUAU